AUGGCAGAAAUACAAAAAUCAGUAAUAACCCAAGGAAAAAGAAAAACAGCUUUGGCUACCUGUAAGUGUGUUGAGAGUGAUGAGAUGACAAUAUUGGUCGAUAAAGUACCUUAUAAAAUACUUAGUAACAGAUUAAUGCUAUCAAAGAUUAAAGAAAUCAUUUGUAUUGUUGAUGAAUCUAAUCUUAAAAAUCUUAGUUUUACUAUCACCACAAAAAUUAAAGAAGGAGUGACUACUAACAAAAAGAAUAAUGGGGAUGUAGCGCUAGCAUAUGCAGUAAGAAUGGCUUUUUCUAAAGCUAUAGUGGCUUACUAUGGUACUUAUUUUGAUGAAUGGAAAAAGCAAGAAAUAAAAAAAAUGCUGAUGGCUUAUGACAGAUAUUGUCUUGUAGGAGAUAUUAGGAAGAAAGAGCCAAAGAAAUUUGGAGGACCGGGUGCACGUGCAAGAUAUCAGAAAUCUUAUCGUUAG